GAUCAAUGCUCCAACUUCAUUCUAGCAACUUAAUAAUAACAUAUUGGCAACGUUCAAAAAAUUCUUUGUCGUCUGUCGAAUCGAAAUAUAUUGGCUCAACUGCUGCUGCUGUUCGUGUACGCAUUGAGGAAUAUCAAACGAGCGUAUUUUCAAGAACAUGACAUGUUAGUGGUGUUGCCGUUUUGAACACCCUGACAUUUUGAGCAUCCAGUGUAUUUGGAUAAAUCUGAAAUGACAAUAGCCAUGAAAAAUAGUGGAGAAGGAGGAACUCCUGUAGGAAAUGAAUCCUCACAAGAAACUUCUGCUAUUGGAAACACAACUCCAAAUCAAAACAGUCCUGCUGCUGUAAAUACAGAUGGAAACACAAAUGGCCAAAAUGCUAAAGAAAAGGAAAGUGACGAGGAAGCCUGGCUGGAUCCAACCACAGGUGAACCUUAUUUUCCAGUUAAUGAACUGGCAAGACUAGAAGAAAUGAUUAGUAGGACACGUUGGGUUGUUCCCGUGUUACCAAAAUGUGAGCUUGAAAUCCUCCUGGAUGCAGCCAUUAACCUUUGUAAAAGAGAACUUGAUACCAGAAGUGAAGCAUGCCAGAGAUUUUUCCAGGAUGGCUUGACUAAGUCUUUCACUAAAAUUCUGACUGAUGAUGCUGUCAGUAGUUGGAAAUUUGAAAUUCAUCGUUGCAUUCUGAGAAAUUGUGAAAAACUUAUAGAACUAUGUGUUUCCAAGCUAAGCCAAGAUUGGUUCCCACUGUUGGAGCUAUUAGCUAUAGUUCUGAAUCCCCAAUGCAAAUUUCACACCUUCAACUUGACCCGGCCAGCUGAGCUGUAUCCACUGAAUGCAAAUGGAAGUGAUGAAGAGGUUUUCGCGAAAUCGCCUGACAUUCGGGCUCCCAGGGGCUGGUUAGUGGAUUUGAUCAACCGCUUUGGUAAAUUGAAUGGAUUUCAGUUGUUGUUGGAACGGUUUCAAAGCGAACAAAAUUUGAGUUUACCCGUAAUGUUUGCGCUUAUUCGGCCAUUUGGACUUUGUAAUGAAAUGUUGACCAUCCCUACCAUUACCAAAUACUUCCUGCCUAUCGUUGAAGUGAUUCCUGCAUUCUUGGAUAAUUUAACUGAUGAAGAACUGAAAAAAGAAUCGAAAAACGAAGGCAAGAAUGACUUGAUAUCAGCACUUGUCAAAUUUCUGAAAAGUCUUGCGCAACGGGUUCCUGGUCAAGAGGAAACUCUUCAAAAUUUAGAGAUGUUCCGACUCAAAAUGAUUCUCCGGCUUCUACAAAUUUCAUCGUUUAAUGGAAAAAUGAACGCUCUUAAUGAAAUUAACAAGGUUAUAGCGAGUGUAGCUUCUUAUCCGCACCGAACCACCGGCAACAGUGUUGUUACGGGUGCUAAUGAAACGGAUGAAGAGUGGCUAACAGCUGAAAGGAUGGCCGCGUGGUUAAAGGAGCAUCGGGUAUUACAGAUAGUCUUAGCCGACUCUUUGCACCAGCCGCAAUAUGUUGAGAAACUGGAGAAAAUCCUUCGUUUUGUUAUUAAGGAAAAAGCACUAACCUUGGAAGAUCUGGACCGCGUUUGGGCGUCGCAGGCUGGCAAGCAUGAAGCAAUAGUCAAGAAUGUUCAUGAUUUGCUGGCCAAAUUAGCCUGGGAUUUUUCUCCCGAACAGUUAGACCAUCUAUUUGAAUGUUUUCAGGCAAGCUGGACAACUGCGGGGAAAAAACAAAGAGAAAAGCUGUUGGAGUUAAUUCGGCGCUUAGCAGAGGAUGACAAAGACGGCGUUAUGGCUCACAAGGUUUUGACUUUAUUCUGGAACCUUGCGCACUCACCAGACGUGCCCAACGAGAUUAUCGAUCAGGCGAUGAAUGCUCACGUCAAGAUCCUUGACUAUUCUUGUUCACAAGAUCGUGAUACGCAAAAAACUGUGUGGCUUGAUCGUUGCGUGGAGGAGAUUCGCCUCAACGUCUGGGUACUUCAGGCAUUGAAACAGAUUCGAGAUAUCUGCUGUCUAUAUGCCGAAACUCCGGCCAAUUACAAUCAUGCUACCAACGCGCACGCAGCCCGUGCCCAGCACGUUCUUUAUAGACAAGAAGUGGUUAAUCGUCUCCAGCAGCAGCACGCGCUAGUCAUUCUUAUAACUGACAACCUCUGCGCAUAUAUGGAGCGAGUGCGAAGCACUGUCAAAGACAAUCCCGCCAAUUAUGAUCCACUCACUCAUUUGCCCGACGGUCGAUACAGCCACGUUCUGCAGGUUCAAGAACGAUUGAGUUUUUUGAGGUUCUUACUGAAAGAUGGCCAGCUGUGGCUGUGUGCACCUCAAGCUCGCCAGAUCUGGCACUGCCUAGUGGAACGAGCUGUAUUUGUUGCCGAUAGGGAGGCCUGUUUCAAAUGGUUUUCCAAAUUGAUGGGUGAAGAACCUGACCUCGAUCCCGAGGUCAAUCGUGAGUUCUUUGAGGCUCAAAUCCUUCAAUUGGACCCUAGUCUGAUGACUGAAAGCGGCAUGAAGUGUUUCGACCGUUUUUUUAAGGCUGUCAAUGCCAAAGAAGGGAAAUUGGUUGCUCGUCGGAAGAUGAAUGACGUUGGACUCAUUGGACUCGACUACUUGUGGCGUGUAAUUCUCUUCGGAAAUGAUGCAGUUGCGGAAAAAGCCAUUCAUCUACUGAAAGAGACCUAUACAAGUUUAGGCCCCCGACUGGUCAAUAGUCAAGUAGAAAUUCACGAGGAUCUUAUUGGUAGUUGUAGUGACAGACUUCGAGCGUCACAUGAUACGUUGCGUGCGUACAUGAUACAGCAACAGCAACAGCAGCCACACGAAGCCUUGGUGACUGAAAAAGAUUUCGCAAAUAGGAGCCGACAGGAAACCACGCGCAUGUGCAGACUGUUGAAACUAUUGCAAGAGUAUGUUAGUGACUAUGAUUGCGAGUUUCAUAUGAGGGAAGAGAGGACACUUCUUCCUCUCGGAAGAGCACAUAGGGGGAAGUGCUUUACGUUAAUUGUCCGCUUUCCCAACCAAGGGCGUCAACUAGAAGAUAUCGAAGUAUGGACUCACAGUAACGAGACACUCGCCACCGUCCGACGACGUAUCAUGGCACGCGUGAAAUCCACAAACCAAACAUCUACUCUUCCUGUGACAGCGGGAGCGAAUUCAUCCAUAAUGCAGUCCCAAAUAGUGGGUCACCAGCAGCCGCCAGUACAACAACCGCAACAGCAGCAAAGCGGAGUUAAACUGGAUCUGUAUUUGAACAAUGAGCUCAUUGAACCGUCCGAAGGAUAUCGUUUAGUUGCAGACUUGCCGCUUAGGGAUAAAACAAUGUUGACAGCCAAGCUCUCCCAGUCGAAUACUGCGGUAGCGGGAUCACCGGAUAGCAGCAGCGAUAGUAGCACUGGCGGAUCACCGCAGCAUGCACCCAAUAGCUACCAAGGUGCCAUAGGUGGCCAACUUCAUCAUGCAAUGACAGCGGCCGCCGCAGAGGGCAUGUUACCUGGUGUGUUAAUGUCGCGAGACAAGCGCAUCAAUCCGUUUUUGUGUCAGCUGGCUGAUCUGGGUUCACAGCUGCAGCAUGCGCAGCUACGCGAUGCUGCCCGUAAUCUGCUCCGGCAGUUGCCGGCCGAUCCACAAGCUAUUGAGCGCCUUGUAGUCGCCAGUCAGGUUCUGCCUUCAGUUCAAUCUUUGCCGUCGGUGGCGGCUGGUGACAAAAGUGAAUCUUUCCAGUCGCCUUCAGAGUUGGAAAGUAUCUUUAUAGCAUCGUCGCCCUCAACUACUCUGUAUCAUCUUGAGGUGGCCUAUAGUUUGUUGAUGCCGGCGAACAUGUCAGCGUCGGACAGGACCUCCGACUUUCAACUAGGAUUCAUUCUUAGAGGCGGAAUCCCUCUUUUAUUAAAAAUGCUCAGCGCUAAUAGUUUUCUUAGCACAGCUGAUAUUCCAACGAAAAGAUCGGCGUACUUGAGCAUACUGCGACUAUCCAAAGUUGUGCUGGCCGUGAUGUCUAGCAUUUGCAUGCGCAACGUCCUUGAUUCCCCCGGCCAAAAUCUUGUGCUGCAUACUGUGACUUCCUGUGCAGCUACUGACAGUGUUGUCCGUGCUGUCGCCAGUAGACUUGCACAGCACAUGCAAACUGAUUCAGACGCCAGUCUUCUCUUGUCCAGCAUUAAGCCGGACGAAGAGGUUGCCCGUUCAUUAGUGCGUCUUACCUGGGCAAGUAGCAGUGGAGAUUACCAAUUGCUGGAGUCUUCUUGGAACGAUCUUGGCAUGGUCAAACUGAACACUACCGUGAGCCCUACCCAGGAAAACGAGUAUUCCGAGGAUAUACUACUAUGCAAGGAGGCUUUGGAGGUCCUUACUGUGGUGAAUAGCAUAUCACCACGGGCCGUGUACCAGGUGUCACAGUCCAACACCUUUUACAGAUUUUCUCUUGAGAUGAUACUUCUCUGUCCGGUGAAAGCUCUGCGUUUGUCGGCGGCUGAGCAAUUUCUUUUGAUAUCUAGCCAAUCUGUGUUGCCCCAGGCCAACCCGCCAACCGAUUCGCCGUCGAUGUUGGCAUUUUUUCUCGAUCUGCUAUUCUCUGUGAUGGCCAGCACAGUGCCUGAAUACGCGAAAAAUUCACAGGAGUUCUUUCAGCUCCUCUGUCGGCUUUUGAACUUGGCUGCUACUUCCAAUGUUCCGCUACCAUCUGCGGAGCCCCUACUACUCAACGAAAUUAAUUGGCUUCAGAGAGUGAGAGAUUCUUUUUUGAAAACUGGAUCGACUCAAACUGAAGAUGAUUUGCUUGAAGGUCACCUCUGUCUAACGAGAGAGCUGAUCUCGUACCUCGGUUUGACUAAAAAAUACGAAAUCGGGUCAGAUCCCUCGAAAUCUGUCAACCUAAUUAAAGAACUUCUUGAAGAUUUCCUUUACCCGGCAUCUCGUAUCAUGGCUAAGUAUAACAGCACAGGUGAACUGCUGUCUGCCGUGGCUGAUCCGAUUUGCUCGACCCCGGCGUCUGUGGUAGCCGCGUUAGAGCUUCUAGUGGCCCUUUGUUCGGGAUGUGUGGCCAAUUUGAAGUUACUUACGUCUAUGUUAACUGAUAUGUUUUUCUCCGACCAACAAGCAGAGCCAUUAAGCGAAUGGGAAUACUUACCCCCUGUAGGGCCGAGAGCUUCUUGGAGCUUUGUGGGAUUGAAAAAUGCUGGCGCUACGUGCUACAUGAACUCCGUAUUACAACAACUGUUUAUGAUUGAACGCUUACGACGUGGGGUGUUGCUUGCUCAGGGUGCGGCUCUCGAUCCCGACGAAGACUUUAAUGGCGACGAGAAGAUGGAGAAUGAUACAGAGAAUAGCGAAGAUCAGCAACUUCAGUUGCAGCAGCAUCAGAGAAGUCGUGAUGAAUCAACCCGCGAGUAUAACAUUAACAUCUUGAAGCAGCUUCAAGCCAUAUUUGGUCAUUUGGCGUGUAGCAAGCUGCAAUAUUAUGUCCCUCGCGGACUCUGGCGUCAUUUUAAGCUUCAGGGCGAGCCGGUAAAUCUUCGGGAACAGCAAGAUGCCGUAGAGUUCUAUAUGAGCCUAACGGAUAGCGUUGAUGAGGCGUUGAAGGCACUGGGCCAUGAACAGAUCAUGCACCGUACACUUGUUGGCAUCUAUUCGGAUCAGAAGAUUUGCAAGGGAUGUCCCCAUCGCUAUUGCAAAGAACAACCCUUCAAUGUAAUCAGCAUUGAUAUUCGGAAUCACAGCAAUUUGCACGAUUCGUUAGAACAAUACGUCAAGGGAGAGUUGCUUGAAGGUGGUGAUGCCUAUCAUUGCGAAAAAUGCAACAAGAAGGUGAACACGGUGAAGCGACUGUGCGUGAAAAAGUUACCGCCCAUUCUUGCUAUUCAGUUGAAGCGUUUCGAAUACGAUUAUGAACGACUUUGCCCGAUCAAAUUCAACGACUAUUUUGAGUUUCCCCGUCUUCUGGAUAUGGAACCAUACACCGUGUGGGGUUUAGCGAAAGCCGAAGGGGAAGUCAUCGACUACGACAUGGAAGAAGAAGCGAAUCGCGAUGUCUGUACCCGCUACCAGUUGACUGGAAUCGUCGUUCAUAGUGGCCAGGCAAGUGGUGGUCAUUAUUAUUCAUACAUUCUUCACCGGCCUCCACCAAAUGCUACCGGAGGUAUGGGUGGCACCAAGUGGUAUAAAUUUGACGACGGAGAUGUGAGCGAAUGCAAAAUGGACGAUGAUGAAGAAAUGAAAAACCAAUGUUUCGGCGGCGAAUACAUGGGCGAGGUGUUCGAUCACGUCGUGAAAAGGAUGAGUUAUAGGCGCCAGAAGCGCUGGUGGAAUGCGUAUAUCCUCUUCUACACCAAAGAAGAUAUUGACAUCGGCAAUCGGUUGAGUGAAUUGACAAUCAACGAGUCGGUGUCCAUGACGUCCGCAACCCCGCUGUCUUCACCUCUCUGCAUGCCACUGGCCAUCGAGCGAAGCGUCCGGAAACAGAACAUCAAGUUCCAGCACACGUACAACCAGUUUUCCACUGAAUAUUUUCAUUUCAUGAGGAAACUGAUCAGCUGCCAAACGCCCUACCUGGCAGUGGACCUCAAAACGUUGUCGGGAAAGUUACCCAUUCAUCCGUCGUCCGUCAGUCUUACUCCUGCAGAGGUGGAGGAACUGGCUCUUUCAUCUGUUGAGAUUGGAGCCCAUUUCCUUUUCACCACUUGUUUCCAUACUAAGAAGUCCUUAAGAGGUGUUGCCAAUGACUGGUACGAAGCACUUCUCGGCCCACUACGUGUAUCCAAACAAGCCCGUCUUUGGUUUGGGCAACACGUUCUUUUAGAUCACCCUCAUCGCUUUUGCGAAUACUUGCUGCAGUGUCCUAGCGCAGAAGUUCGCUCAGCAUUCGUAAAAAUACUAGUCUUUCUGGCCCAUUUGUCGUUGAGUGACGGUCCCUGUGAAAUCAUCGCGCCGUCCACCUCCUUACCUGGCACUUCAUCGUUUCCCAGUAGCGGCGUAGUACCGGCCGUUAGCGAACUAACACUUGCCGACCACAUAUUUCAAUCAGUUUUGAGUCUUCUCAGCAAGGAGGUAGCUGACUAUGGAAGGCAUCUUUCACAAUACUUCAACCUGUUUCUGGUCUACGCUUCACUUGGUCCGCCCGAAAAGGCUCAUUUGCUUCGACUCAAUGUCUUAGCUACUUUCAUGACAGUGGCACUCGACGAAGGUCCUGGCCCACCCAUCAAGUAUCAGUACGCUGAGCUUGGAAAGCUCUACCAGGUGGUGUGUAUGUUGAUACGUUGCUGCGAUAUCAGCAGUAAGGCGAACUCGUCCGUAGCCGGCCAGCCGCCAUUGCCCAAUUCGUUUGGUGAGCCGCCGCUGAUGCCGAUACAACCUCAAGUAGCAGAGAUUCUAUAUACCCGCAACAACUUUGUUAAAAAACUUCUCGAAGAUGCGAGUGGAAUCGAAGAAACGUCACGCUUAUUGCGAUACUGCUGCUGGGAAAACAAUCAUUUUUCAUUUGUUGUGCUCUCUGAAAUCCUGUGGCAGGUUGCCUUUGCUUACACGUACGAGUUGCGGCCACACCUCGACCUGCUUCUCUGUAUUUUGUCAUUGGAAGAUUCAUGGCAGAAGUAUCGCAUCACUGCUGCUCUGAAAGGCAUCCCUGACGACCGGGAUGGGCUAUUCGAUAUAAUACAAAGGUCCAAAAACCAUUACCACAAGAGAGCGUAUCAGUGUAUCAAGUGCCUCGUAGCGCUUUUUUCUUCGUGCCCUGCAGCCCAUCAAAUUCUGCUGACCAAUGCCGAAUUCAAGCGCAAAUGGUCGGCAGCUGUAGAUUGGCUUCACGAAGAGCUUGACAGGCCAUAUCCGACAGGAAACAAUCAAUAUAAUCAAUGGUCACCACCUGCGCAGUCAAAUGAGACCUCGAAUGGCUAUUUUCUUGAGCGUUCACACAGCGCUAGAUUGACGUUGGACAAGUCAAUUGAACUAUGCCCAGAAGAAGAGGUGGAAACCGAAGAUGUGGUUGGAAUUCCAAGUGGAGGAGGCAGCUCGGCUCUAGGCGUAGGGGAUGAUAAUGUUGUUCCACCUCCUGCUUUGGUUGCCGACAUCGGCUUGGAUAACUCUACAGCAGCGCUUGUCAAAUCGCAGACGCUGGCAAGGGCGGCAUUUGGUGUAUCCCAACCACGACCGGGUCACGCUCAAACCGCAUCGCCAAGAGCUACGGCACCGCCAACGAAUAGCAAUUUGUCGAUCCCCCGCUCUUCUUCCUCCCAAUUUCCUCCCUUGCAUCCGAAUCGGCCUCAACAGCCACCUGUCAAAAAUGAAGGUAGUGGUAGCAGUCAAUCCGGUCCGUCUCCCACCCAUUAGCCAGACGUUGCUAAAUGUUGAAUUUACGGAAAACAUCGCAGCUGUGAUUGUUGAAUUAUAACACAACAUAGCCUUUUGACGGUAUCGUCCUCACUCCUGUUGUGAGGUUGAUGGCCUGUUUCCAUGUUCUUUCUUUUUUCAGUUCUUUUCCCGUUUUCAGUCUUUAUGUAAGCCUCACGAGUCAAAAACAAACAAACCAACAAAAAAAACAAAAACAAAACAACAAAAAAUAAGAAAACAAAAAAAGGACAAAAUGAAAAACAAAACAAAAAAAACAUAAAAAAACGAAAAAAAAAAAAAUAAUAAUAAUUAAACAAAACAUUAAAGGGGUCAGUACACGUCAUGUUAUUGAUUCUUCAUUUACUCUAUUAUUCACCUCUUCCCUUGUUUAACAGAACUUGUUUCUCGUGCUUCUCCAAAUAUAUGAUUCCGUAUAGUACAGGCGAAUAGCUCACUGAAGCAAGCAACAGCUAGUAAUUACGUUUCAUUUGUGUUGAACUAUCAUGAGCAGUACCCUUCUAAUGGACUCCCCUUAAUGUGUUUGUGGUUCAUUUUGAUGUAGAAUUUACAGUGGAUGUGCUUUAGUCAAUGCUUUUUUCCAGCUAUUCGAUCCCUCUUUUUUUCAACGGCCGUCGAUUCAGAUUACCUUCCUCCUCCACCUCCAAUCACAAUACUUCUUGGUCCAAGUUUCAAAUAGGCUGGUCCCGGUUCGAUUUACCAUACAUUGAGAGUGGUUACGGAACCAAAAGUUUAAGAGGAAUUUCUUCGUUUAAUUGAAAAUUAUAUGGUCCCUUGUUUCCUUAAACUAUUAUUUACUUAUCCACCCUCUCCCUUCGGCAUCCACUACUCGAUGAAUGAAAAAUGAAUUUCAUGUGGCGCCAUGUGCAUAUGUGUCAUUUGGAAGACAUUGUAGGUAAGCGAAAAAUCAUUCAACUCUGUUAAUAUUUCUCCUUUGUUUCAGUGACAACCUAGAGUUGAAAGUUGAAAUACAAGUGUGUGACUCAA